AGUAUUGUGCGUACACCGCGCGCUACUUUAUUUUGGUGCUGCUGGAGGGUGUUGCCGUCAUCGUGUGAGGCCUAUUCAGUGCUCAAUCGCCACGAUGCUCCGCCGUGCCUAUCGUCUUCUCGGUUCCACCAACCGCUACACCGACGGCUCCGGUCGCGCACUCGAGUCGAACGUCGUCCCUCGCGACCUCUACCUCCAGUCCAUCAGCAACCGCGCCUAUCCCGUCCAAGGCGAGAACUGGCAACCCGUCGUGGCUGGUAAGCCUUCUCCACACAAAGGCAACGUCAUCAUCUCGGGGGCUGGCGUGGUGGGUCUCACGAUGGCGGCGCAGUUCGCGCUGCGUGGGUGGCACACCACCGUCGUCGAGCGCAGCCCGCCGCUAUGCGACGUGAAGGAUCAGCCGCUCCGAAACUCUGUCUCGGAGAAGGAGAAGGAUAAACUGCAAAAAGACGAGGCAGAGGAAAGCUUUCGUGGCGUCGCUUCGGGUGCCUCUUCGGGGGAGUUCGUCCAGCGUCUCUCCUCGUCGUCUUGGAAUCAAGCCCUUCCGCCCUAUCGUGGGCCCCUCGUUCGCCCACACUUUGGCUCCACACCGGAGCCACCGCAGUCGCACCCUCCCAGCAAAAAUGAUGAAUCGAGUGAUCCCACUGGUGCUGCCCCGUCCCCAUCACACUACCCACCUUUUAUCGAGCUCGAGUACGCCCUUCUGACCCGCCGUGCGUUGGAUGCCCUCGAGGCGGCCGGUGUCCGUCUGUCUGCCCUCCGCCACCUUGGGGUGAAGGUGCGCGGCGUGAUGGACCACCCCGGGGCGUACAACAGCUGGCUCACGGCCGGCCUCACCGAGCACCACCCUUUUGCAGUGACGAUGCUCUCCAUAGACCUCUUUCUCCUACGCCGCCUGCUGGAGGACCACGGGCAACACGGCCUCCCCGCCGCGAAUCUGCAGGUCUUUUAUCGCCACGUCGUGGAGGCGGUUUAUCCGCUCCGGCAGCAGCUCGUGGUGCGCACCUGGGCUGGCAGCGCGGCGGCGAAGGAGAUGCAAGACCACGCGGCGGCGCAGGCGGCUGCCUCGUCGCCGGUGGAAGCGGAGCGAACCGCGGCGAUUGUGGCGCAGGCACGGCAGCACACGCCCAGGAAGCACACGAGUCUCACACUGAGUGCCCGGCAGUGGGAGAAGAAGUUUGCUGAGGAGGCCGUCGACUACGAUCUGCUUGUGUCCGCGGAGGGGGUAUCGUCCCACCUGCGCAGCUUAGUAGACGUGGAAGGCUUUCUCGCUGAUGUUGACAUGGGUGUGCGCUGGUGCCUCCUCCGCAGCAGCGAACUCAGCCACGAGCACAUCCAUCGCUGGCUGCACUGUCGCCGCACCACGGCGAUCACGACGGCGCAGUCCUAUCACGUGCAAUCCGCGGCCCAGGUCCCGGUGGCGCUGGCCUUUCCGCGCGUGGAGGGGAGCAAUCUCUUCUCGGUGAUGGUCUAUGCCCCGAUGGGGGAGCUGACGGGGCUAGAGGAUGCCGCCUUGCUGCGGCGCUACCUGCCCGAUUUGCACCACAACUCCCCCUCCCCUUCCGCUUCCAACGCGACGCUGCCGCCGAGUGAGUUGGUGUCCUUCUCGUCUGUCGCGCGGCCCUACCCCACCGUCUACUGCGAGCAGCUUCACAACUCCGUCGGGCUUCCGUCUGCGGUUCUCGUCGGCGAUGCGGCGCACACGUGCAACCCUUUCUGGAUGCAAAGUCUCGCCUUGGGUCUCGAAGACGGGGCGAACCUGCUCAAUCAGGUGGACGCCUACUCCCGUCACUUCUACGAUGCGGUGAAGCAGUACAGCGACGAGCGCGGCACGAAUGGCGACGCGCUGCGCGAGCUGACGGACAAGUGCCUCUAUUACCAGCGCAAGAAGCACGCGAACCCUUUCGUUCGCUUUCAGAACGCCUAUCAGCGCUGGAUGAAUCUGUGCCUUCCCCGUGGGUGGAACACGCUCUACGAGGGCUCCGUGAACCACAUCUACUCCCGCAGCAUCGAAGAAAUGCUCAACAGCCGCGGCUACACCUCGUACGACUACGCCGAGAAGCAGCAGGCGAAGCACCGACUCUUUUACCACCUCGGACGCGUUUACACGUAG